AUGAAAUUGGGUCGUGACAAUGCAGCAGACCAGUUUAAAAAAUGGAUAAAUGAAGCCAAUGUUAGUGAAUUAAAGAAGGUGGGAAACAAGUUCACUUGGACUAAUAACCAGAAUGGUCUUGAUAUAAUUUGGAGAACCAUAGACUGGAAGAGAGGGAGAGAAGGAAAAUGGGGUUUAAAUUUUACAAUGCCUGGUGUGAGCAUCAGGAUUUUAUGGAUACGUAUACCAGAAGCUAAAAAGACUAGGAAGGAAUUGAGGAAGUUGAGUGAGAAGGAGUUCAGUAGUAUCUCUAUUAGAGUAAAUAAAAUGAGAGAAACUCUAUGCAAGUUACAAUCUGACCUGCAGAAUAAUCCAAGUAACACUGUUCUUAUGGAUGAGGAAAGGGCAGUGAAUAAUCACUUCCUGAAGUUGAUUAAGUGGGAGGAAAGUAUAUUAAGGCAGAAAUCCAGAAUUAAGUUGAUUAAUCUGGGGGAUAGGAACACAAAGUUCUUCCAUAUAUAUAUGAACCAGAGAACUUCCAGGAAAAGGAUAAUCAGAUUCAAAGUCAAUGGGGAAUAUAUUGAAGAUUCUGAGAAGCUUAAGGAAGGGAUUGUGCAUCAUUAUAGAAAAUUCUUUAGGGAUAAGCUAGAGGACAGAAGGAAUGUAAACCCAAUGGUCUUUGAGAAAGGCUUAGUGGUAAAUAGAGAGUAG